GGGGGAGCAGGAGGGAGGGCCGCCGGGCCGCUGUUUGUUGUCAUCCCAAGAUGGAGUUUCUGCUGGGGAACCCGUUCAGCACCCCGGUGGGGCAGAGCCUCGAAAAGGCCACAGAUGGUUCUCUACAGAGCGAAGACUGGACGCUUAACAUGGAGAUCUGUGACAUUAUCAAUGAGACAGAAGAAGGUCCAAAGGAUGCCAUUCGAGCGCUGAAGAAGAGGCUGAAUGGAAACAAAAAUUACAGAGAGGUCAUGCUGGCUCUAACGGUGUUGGAGACCUGUGUGAAGAACUGUGGCCAUCGCUUUCAUGUCUUAGUGGCAAACCGUGACUUCAUAGAUGGUGUGCUGGUGAAAAUCAUCUCGCCCAAGAAUAAUCCCCCCACCAUUGUGCAGGAUAAAGUACUCGCACUGAUUCAGGCCUGGGCUGAUGCCUUUCGAAGUAGCCCUGAUUUAACUGGAGUAGUGCACAUUUAUGAAGAACUUAAGAGGAAAGGCAUAGAGUUUCCCAUGGCUGAUCUUGAUGCUUUAUCUCCAAUACACACACCACAGAGGAGCGUUCCUGAAGUUGAUCCUGCAGCAAAUAUGCACAAUUCACAGUCUCAGCAAAGGAUGAGCACCAGUUCUUAUUCUUCACCUUCUCCAACGGCGUAUUCUGCUCCUCAGGCUCCAGCUCUGAAUGUGACUGGCCCCAUCACUGCCAAUUCUGAACAGAUUGCCCGGCUGCGCAGUGAACUGGAUAUUGUUCGUGGGAAUACCAAAGUGAUGUCUGAAAUGCUGACAGAAAUGGUUCCUGGACAAGAGGAUUCUUCAGACCUUGAGUUACUCCAGGAGUUGAACCGAACCUGUAGAGCCAUGCAGCAGAGAAUCGUGGAGCUUAUCUCACGGGUGUCCAAUGAAGAAGUCACAGAGGAACUGCUGCAUGUGAAUGAUGAUUUAAAUAAUGUCUUCCUCAGAUAUGAAAGGUUUGAACGAUACCGAUCCGGACGUUCCACACAAAAUGCCAGCAACGGAGUCCUGAAUGAGGUGACAGAAGAUAACUUAAUAGAUUUGGGUCCUGGCUCUCCAGCUGUAGUGAGCCCUAUGGUUGCAAACUCAGCACCACCAUCAUCACUUUCUUCCCAACUUGCAGGGCUUGACCUGGGUACAAACAGUGUCAGUGGCACACUCAGCUCCCUGCAGCACUGUAACCCUCGCGAUGAUUUCGACAUGUUUGCACAAACAAGAGGCAGUUCCUUGGCUGAGCAACGAAAGAAUGUGACAUAUGAGGACCCACAGGCUGUCAAAGGACUGGCGUCUGCCCUGGAUGUUCGGAAACAGAACACAGGAGGGAGGAGAGGUAAAAGUGGGAACUCAGACAUGGAGCCCAUAGACAAGUGGCUAAUUACACAAGGAAUGAUCCCUGUUGCACAGUCCUCUGUCAUGGAUGACAUUGAGGAGUGGCUCAGUACCGACGUGAAAGGAGAUGAACUGGAAGAAGGAGUGACCAGCGAAGAAUUCGACAAGUUUUUAGAAGAGCGAGCCAAAGCAGCGGAGAUGGUCCCCAACCUGCCGUCCCCUCCCCUGGAAGCCCCCACCCCUCCAACAAACCCUUCCAGCAGGAAAAAGCAGGAGCGCUCGGAGGAUGCCCUCUUUGCACUGUGAAGCUCGCAGUCCCACCCCGUGCUCUGCAGGAGAGCGUUGCUGUAUGGCCACCUCGUCCUCCCACAGCACUUGGCUAACAACAACCCUUUCCUCCCCAAAGUCUCAUAGGUUGCUUCUCCUUCUUCCCUUUCUCUCGCUCUCCAACAAUCCAUCCCCACAAGCCGACUCUUUCUGUUUAAGUCCAACACUCUUCCUGCCAGACUGCGAUUUUCCAGCGCUCGCUUAAUCCCCUCCUUCCUAUCCCAGCUGCACAAAACCAGCUCUUGAUGCUGAAAACCCCUUUCGAAUGCAUGACUGCAUCACACUGUGUUGAAACAAAAGCCCAGAGGGGAGAGAGCAGCCUUGCCCUUCAGUUGGCAUAGGGAUCAUCCUCUUCUGUAGGCAGGUCCUGCCAAGUCGACUGCUCUGUCGAUCAGCGUGUAAUUGACUGAGCUGGAAUGUGCAGGGGGAGCGUGUCUUUAUUUUUAGAUAAAAUGUUAAUGUAUUGGCUUUCGUGUCGGAUCCGACAGCAAGGAACAACUGUUCCCCUUUCAACAUGUGCUUCACAAGUUAAAAUCCUUUACUCUCCCACUCACACAUCUCCCUGUACCAUAUGGCGGUCGCUUUUCCCCACUUUGUGCAGCGCUUCAUAUUCUUAAUCUCACAGGGUAUUUUUUUCCUUGUGUUUUAUCUGGGCUUGCUCUAAUUUGAAAGCAGUCUGUUGGCCGUGUCCAGUAGCUCUGGCAGUUGUCAGGAAUGAGAAACGCUGAGCUGAAUGGAUGCUGCAAUGUGAGCGGAUGAAGCAUUUUGCUCUUUGGGAGAGCAUUCUCACAGGAGGGUUUUCUCUAGCGUGUUUGCCUUCUAAAAUAGCGAGGUUAUUUUUUCCUUCCCUGAGAUUCCUUCUUCAGUGACUGCAGAGCUCUGCGUUUGUCUCAGCUGUUGUAAAUAGCAUCCUUGCAGAUGGAUGGGACUUGAUGAUGGACCGGGUGCAAACCGAGGUUCCUGGAUUCCCUGACGUGGCUGUUAGGGCUCUCGGUGCUAGUUGUGAUGGGAAGGGCAGCAAAGCUGCCAGAGGUGUCUGUGAGAAUGCCCAGAGUUACUGUGGAGGGACUGGCUAUGGCUGUGCUGGAGGCGAAUCCCCUCAUUUCCUUCUAGGCCUGAGAAUGUUGGGUGAUUUGACCGUGCUGGUCAUAAUCCCAAGCGUUUCUGGAGUGUCCUUCAACACCUCUGCCCUUUUGUCCAUCCCAGCCCCCAGAGGGCUGCAUUCCCCCCAGUCUGCAUGCCCAGCAUGUUCCCUGGGAGCAAACCGGAGGCACAGGGUGGCAGAGAGAAGCUCCUGGCCUGGCAGGGAGGCAGCUUAUCACAUGGACACCCCUCUCCUGGGCCUUGCCUUGCCCAGCCUGCUCCUUCUGGCCUGGACACUGAUACAUGUCAGGCUGGUGUGGGUGCAGCUCCGUCAGGCACUGUUCUAGACUGAGAGGCCGUGCUACAAACAGCUGAAAGGAAAGUGACAGCUUUUAUCUGGGCAUAAUUUCAGCUCCUCAGAUGCUCUCCAAGGCACACCACGCUUUGGCAGCCUGUGAUGCACACUGUCUUUUCCCAAAUGGCUGAAUCACAGCACUGGUGCUUUUUGGGAGCUGUCACAUUUCAUCUGCAGAGGGAAGCUCUGUUUGGUGCAGGAUUUCCAGGCCACCCCAGGCCAGCUCUCUCUAUUUUGUCUUCUCUGUAGCUGUAACGUAGUGCCAGGAUGGAGCAGCAUGCACUGCUGCUCUGACACGGGGUGAGCGCAGUGCUCAGGUGCUGCUUGCCAGGCACAUGGCUGCCAGUUCCUGCAGCACGUCAGCUGCAGCCACAGCUCCCAGGAACCCGAGGAUCCUUCUGUCGUGACGCUGCUUUGAUUUCAGGAGCGUCUGCUGAUCGCCUGAGCGCUCUCGCCUGCACAGAAUGAAUUGUUGGUAUUCCUGUCAAUGCAAAAAGCUCCGUGGGUGUUUGAAGCGUGGAUUUGCUCUUCUAAAUCCUUGAAACGCAUUGACCCUGUAAAUGGCCACAUCAGGUGAUUCUAAGCACGUUAAUCCAGCUUCCCUGCCAAGCCCCAGGAGAUAAUCGCCUUGCUCCAGCACGGGGACGUGGUCGUGUGACGCUGAGUGGCAGUGACGGCACCGGCGCUGUUAGCACAGCCCUGCAGUGUCCCAGCUUCACCCCCAGCACCUGAGCAUAGCGGGGAGCUGCUCACCCUGCUGCUCCCGCUGAGCCUAUCCUGGGCCUUCCCGUUUUAGGGAGAAUCUGGAAGAGCUUGCAGAGCUGUCAGUGAUGAAUAGAGCAGAGUAGAGAAGCGAGAAGGUUGAGGCUGAAGGAGCCGUGCGCUGGCACAACUCGCAGCAUUCUGUGCCCAUAGCGCCGUAAGGCGUGCUUUGCUCCCACGAGUUCUUUGGGGCCCUACUCACAGGGUGCCACCAGAAGGGAGCAGGGCAGCCCCAGGGCAGUGCCUUCCUUGGGAGGGCUGAGCUGGGGCAGUGGUAGAGGGGCCUUUGGGGGAGGGGUCCCAGAGCGAGCUGUGCUGGAGCAAGGCGGGCAGGAAGCGUGCAGGGUGCAGCCCCGGCCUGCCUGCACGGGUGGGACAGAUUCCUGUAUCAGGAUCUCUCAUCUUCUCCCUCCUCUUGCGGUCUGCUGAAAACCUGAGCGGUGGAAACCGAUCGGGAAAGGGGGAGGGGUUUUCGCAUUGGAGAGCGACCUCGGGAUUUCUUCCUUCGCUUUCCGUCCUCGAACAGGGAUGGAGCUGCAGGCAGAGCCGCUUCCGUGGGAAACCCCGGGCAGGCAGAGCUGCAGUGUGAUGCUGUGACACUAAAUUAUUGCCGGGUCCUUCCUGAGCUCUAAUCAAACCCUGUUUAGGUUAAGGUAUUUAUUUUGUCAGUGUUUUGGGUUGGUUUUUUUUCUUUCCAGUGUGUUUUUAACCUCUUCUUUUAACCCCUCGUGUGCUGAGAUGUAAGAAAUGAAUGGUUUCUAUUUAAAUACAUCCUUUUGGGUUUUUUAA